AUGCAACCAUUCAACGUCUCCACACUCCUUCACAGAGCAAUGGUGAAGUACAGCAAGUUGGAUGAGUGUUUGGAUACGAAGGCGCAUAAAAAGUAUCGGAAAGCGCCCCGAUAUUACUUCCACGUACUCCAUCUGAGAUUCAUGAACUCUUUGGAUCAGUACUUGAAGGCGAAUGGAAAGAUGGAUGGAUCUAGAAAGAGAAGAUGGGCGGAGUCAAUGGAAGAUUCAGUGAUUAUCAAGAAGGAGAAGAAGGAGGUGGUUACAGUCAAAAGAGCAAAAUUUGAGAAUAAUGUUGUUGAAUAA